GCCACCACGUGAUGAAUUUCAGCUACUUUCCGUGGAAAACGCAAUGAGAAAAAAUAAGCAAGGGUAGACACGUAAAUGGUCUUGAAUUGUCAUUUUAGUAAGGAAAAUCCGUGAAAAUGUUGAUAGCAACUUGAGUGGAUGGUUGUCGUUAUUUGUGGUAAAGUGCCUUCAGUUUGUGGACGCCUGCAGUGAAGGGGAAUUGAUGCUUUGGUGGUGACAGAUGUCAUCGGGGAUCGGUUAUCAUUGAGAAUUUAGUCUGUUUUUGACGUAUUCUAAUUUUGAAGAAUGACGUUGAUCGAGGGAGUGGGUGACGAGGUCACUGAUUUUUUCAUUGUCGUUGCUGUUAUGGUAGUCGGAUGGCUGGCUUGGUGCUCCACAAAUAUAUCAGAACAACCCCUCAUUCGAACUGUUCUAAUCCUCCAGCACAGAACACGAACUCGAAUCGCUGAGUUGAGGGCUAAUCACUCAACAGUGAUUAGUGAUAAUUUCACGACUAGAGCGUCGAGUUUCGAUGAAUCUACAGCUAAUGAAGAAACUGCUGAGCCUAUCAGCCAGUCCCAUGGCGAGGCUGAACAGACGUGCUUACUGGAAAAUCAAAAUGUUCCUCAAACAUCGGAGACUUCGACUCCUGCAGCGACUGGUGGAGCAGCCUCUGAGGAAGUCCUCAUCCAAGCUAUGGAUUCAGGGACCGAGGAGUCAGAAUCGAGUGAUGACAAAUUGGAGAGUGCAGAAAAACCAGAGACCAAUAUCACUGAGACUGCUACCUCUGUCUCCUGUUCUCCAACUGAAGCCUCUGUUGAUUCUAUCGAUGGAGCAUUAUUGCAUGAGGGGGAGGAAAUCGUUAUUAAACUCAAAUUUAUCAACGAUGACCAGAGGAUUGUCAGUGGAAGGCCCAAAGAAAUGCUUGGAGACUUUAAAAAACGUCACUUCCAAGCAGAACUGGACUCUCAGAAACGAGUGAGAUUAGUAUUCAAUGGUCAUGUACUUCAACCAGACACUGACACCUUGGAGCAAUGUGGCCUCUACAAUAACUGCGCUGUGCAUUGUCUAGUGCAUCAGCAGCGUGCAAAUUCAGGGAAUACAAACACUCAUUCCUCGAAUGCCGAUUCAUCCUCCUCGAUUUAUUCGAAUCCCCAGUCAUUUCAGAAUAUGCCAACAGGGGCUGGUACGUCAGUGCACAACGAAUGGGAUCUGAGCAGGUUGCUCGUAGGAUUGAUAACUCUUGUACUGAUAAUAGCCUGGUACUCGCGAUAUUAUUAUGCUCAGUUGUUCACUGCUGCUGCAACAAUAGCACUUUACGUGUUAACGGCAGUAUUCACACUAUCUGUUGUGGGACAUUUUUUUCCUGAUCAGGACAGUCUGAGAAAUAUCGAGUAAUUGUUGCUCUUCAUUCAUUCGAUUCCUCUGCUUUUCUCUCAUUAUUUUAUUUUCUCUUGUAAUUUUUAUUUAUAAAAAAUUUCAUUGUAACUUAAUCAAUUUUUUUUUUUCAUUGUAAAAUAUUUUUAUACUUAGAAUUCUGAAUUUUGGUGAUCAAUUAUCUGUUGUAGAAUUUUAUUCCAGUAGAUGUGUGAAUAUACUUUAUGGAAAUAUUUGAUUACUGAAUGGAUAAAUAAACACUAUGAUGAUCAUGUUGCGUGUUGAGGAAAUUAAACGAAAUAAAGUAAGAAAAGUAUUAUUUAACUGUUUAUUCAAA